CACACUGCGGCAUUUGCAAAUUGCGACUGCGCCAAAAAGUUUUGGAUUUUCGAGCUGCUGCCUGCGCUCGUCUCUCAGCGAUUGGCAAAACAACAACGCUCAAUCAAUAAAAACAUAAAAUUAGUGCGCAAGAAGCAUGCAUGCAGCAGCAGCAGCAGGAGCAGCAGCAGCAACAACAACAACAACAAUUGACACAACAGCGUUUAGUGUGAAACACUAUUGAGCACCAGGAAACAGAGCUCCAAAAAGAGAAAAGUGUCCUACAGUGUCCUUGUUUUCGCUUACAAACACAAAUACACAAAAAAAAAAAUCGUAACAAAAGAAAGACGCGAAAGUAGAAAAAAAAAGAAAUCAAAAAUGUACAAAACAAUACGGCACGGCGAGAACAGCUUGCAGUACACGAUUCUACCGCAAAACGAUGAUUUCCGGAUUGAGGGCAAGCUGAGCAACGCCAGCUGCCAGGCAGCGAACACAUCCUCCGUAACGUGCACGUCCUCCUCCUCGAGCACGUCCAGUGGCGCCAAGCGCAGCGCGUCGGCGGUUGCUCCACGCAGACGCCGCACAUUCUUUGCGUAUCUAGGCCUGAUCUUUGUCUGCACUGUGAUCAUUGGGGCCGUGCUCAUACCGUUUCUGGUUUCCGCCGAGUGUCUGCCCAGUCCCACUGAAUGGUUCCUCAAAACUAAGGCGGCGUUCACACACAGCGGCGACAGACAGCAGUUACAUCCGGCGGCAGCAGCAGCAGCAACAGCCACUGGAGGAGCCAGGAUGGCAACAGCGCCAGCUCCAGCUCCACCGGUGGCUGCCAUGCUGGGUCAGAAUGUAGGCAAAACUGUGCAGAUUGUGAAUCGCAAUGGCAUUGAGCAGUUCAUAUUAAAGGUCAACAAGACUUUGCCAUCUAGCAGCACUACAACAACUACAACUACUACAACAACAACAACAACAACAUCAACAACCACAAUUGCUCCAGCACCAGCAACAACAACAAUUCAGAGCAUGCAAGCAACUGAUCCAGUGGUACCCCUAAUCCCGGCCAGCACUGCACGCCCAGCCAUGCCAAGGACAACCGUUGCCACUGCCGCUGCCGCCCCACCGCUUACCAAUCGUCAGAUGGCAGCCACCUUAACCACGCGCAUCAUACAAGUACCGCUGCUCAAGUCGGCAGCCAAGAAACCAAUCAUGCCGCCCGUGCUAGCCAAGACGCAGAGCACACAGCUCCAACAGCAGCAGCAACAACAACAACAGCAGCAGCAGCCGCAGGAGCAACAGCAACAACAAUCAUCAAGCAACACGGAUGUGGGUCAGAACAAGAGCAACAACAUUUGGAUGAAUACACGUUGGGCUUACAUAGAUCCCUCCACAUAUGUCCAGUGGUCGGGCUACAAGGCUGAGGAUAGCGUGCUGCUGCCUGCUCUACUCGGAUUUGCACUUAUCGGCAUGAUUUUAAUUAUAACCGUUUGCCUGGUGGCACGCAACAAGCGCACAAUUGUGUCCUCUGUGCGCAAGCGAAAUCGUAACGUGAGUACAAAAUGCAUUUAAUUGCCAUGUGGGGGCUAGUGGCUUGCAUAACCUUGCGCUAAUUACAAUCACCCAAAAACGUAACUGAAAUGGGUUUCAGAUUUCAAACGAUUCAACAAAAGCCAACAGU